AUGUCUGGCCGUGGUAAAGUAACAGGAAGUGGAAAAGCUCGUGCUAAAGCGAAAACACGUUCAUCGAAAGCUGGUCUUCAAUUUCCAGUGGGCCGUAUUCAUCGUUUACUUCGUCGUGGAAACUAUGCUGAACGUGUUGGUGCAGGUGCUCCAGUAUAUUUAGCUGCAGUUCUCGAAUAUCUUUCAGCUGAAAUUUUGGAAUUGGCUGGUAAUGCAGCACGAGAUAAUAAAAAAUCUCGUAUUAUUCCACGACAUCUUCAACUAGCCAUACGAAAUGAUGAAGAGCUUAAUAAAUUAUUAUCAGGAGUAACUAUUGCUCAAGGUGGUGUUUUACCCAACAUUCAACAGAUACUAUUACCGAAGAAAACCGAAGGUGGUAGUUUACCAACAUCACAAGGUGAAGCAAGUUCAUCAUCGAAAAAGACAUCGAAGUCAUCGAGUGAAAAGAAAGCAACAAGUGCCGAUAAUACGAAAAAUUGA